AUGAGCUGGCAACCUCCACCACAGUCCGUGUAUAAGCUAAAUUACAAUGCAGCAGUUUUCGCAGGUAAUGCCAGUUCUGGGUUUGGUGCUGUGAUCAGAAACUCUAGUAGAGAAGUCAUGGCAGCGAUGACAGCCAAAGGUCAGGCAGUCCAGUGCAGUGAGGAGGCAGAACUGCUCAUGUGUCGGAAGGCGUUGGAAUUUGUAAUAGAUGCUGGCUUCACAGUGCUGAUAGUGGAAGGCGAUAGUGCCAAUGUUACGAGGAGUAUUGCUUCAGGCAAGGACAACCAGUUAGCUAUUGGGCAUGUUGUUGGUGACAUUAGGCAUCUGAUGGGAGCUUUGGAGUGGAUUUCUGUGAGCUGCACUAAGAGAAAUGGUAAUAGGGUGGCACAUGUGCUAGCUAGAUAUGCCCAACAUGUAAUUUCUGAUUUAUUUUGGAUGGAAGAGGUUCCAUCAGUUGCGUUUGAAUCUGUAAACUCUGAUGCUUCUUUGAUUUAA